AACAUCAACACGUGCGGUAGAUGGUGGAAUUUAUUAAAACUGAUAUUAAUUUCAAUUAGUUUUGUGAAAAACUAUUAAAUAAGUGUAACAAAAAAUAACAAAAUUACACUACCAGCACUAAGAAAAGUGAAUGUGAAACAUUUUCAUCAGUAAAUCAAUAAAAUAUUAACGUAAACAAAACAUUACAAGCAUAAUUUUUCUAAGACCUCAAGAAAUAAAUUUCUAAAACAACAUGGAUUUUGAAAAUGAAGAAAAUGAUAAUUUAAAAUUUCAACACUUAGCAGGAGGAUAUAUUUUAGAUUAUGCCCCCUUAUACUCCAAAACUGGAGAGCACUUGUUGUUUAUGGCCCAGAAUGAAGUUAGAAUUUACUCCACCAUAAGUGGCCAGUUUGUGAGAAAGCUGGAGGGUUCCACAAAACCCCUUAUAGAUUUUGAAUUUGAAUUAAAUGAUGAUAGUACUUUGGUAGCCUGCAAUAAAGCGGCCGAAAUUUUUUCCUGGGACUGGAAGACUGGAGUUCUUAAGAAUACUCUUGCAAUACAUACUCCUGAAGAGGCAGCAAAAAGAACGGUGACAAGUUUCAAACUUAUUAGUCUAUAUGAUAAUAAUUCGGAAUUAUCUCAUGCUGUUAUUUGCUACAGAGUCCUAAGCAAACCGAUUAAAUUUCGUUUAUUUAAUCGAGGAACACAACAAUAUAUGAUAAUACCAUGUACUAUGAAAUUAACUACGGAGAUACCCUUGUUAGCAGUGGAUAAUAAUAAUUUCCCAAAUCUCGUGUUGGCACAGGAUUAUUUUGUAUAUUUUGUGAACUACAAAACUUGGCAAUGGGUUAGAUUAAUGAAUGCCCACAAAGUACCCGUUACUGCUAUACAAAUUCACCCAUCAGAAGAUUGUGUAGCAACAGGUGAUGAAUAUGGAAAAAUUUUCCUGUGGCGUCAGUUUAACAAUCAUAAAACUGUUAGAACUAGCUUAUAUCAUUGGCAUCAUACGAGAAUUACCAGCAUUUGUUUCACUCCAGCCGGUGCAAAUUUCUACAGCAGUGGUGAAGAAGCUGUAUUGGUUAAAUGGCAUAUAGAAAGGCCUGAUUUAAAACAAUAUAUACCACGUAUGGUGGCUAAAAUCCGUCAUAUUGUUGUUAGUCCAGACAAUUCAAAUGUGGUAGUAUGUACGAUUGACAAUAGCAUACAAAUUUAUGGCAUUGAAAAGACAGUAAUUCAGAAUCUACAAGAAUUCACUUAUGUAGCAGAGGAUUCUACUGAAAAUUAUAAAUUUCCUACGGGUUUACUUUUAAACCCACGUAACAAUUCGUUGGUAUUAAAUGGUCGUGUUGGAUCAUUACAAUUUUAUAAUACCUAUACCAAGAGUUUGUUGUAUAAUAUAAAUAUUGUUAAUCAAAAUUUAUUGUCCGUAGAACGAGAUAGGAUAAUGUACGAUAUACGUGUUACUAAAGCGGCGUUUAAUAUUGAUUGGAUGGCUACUGGAGAAGUUUUCAAUGAUGAAGAGCAUUUACCAGAAUUACGUUUAAAGUUUUGGAAAUAUCAAGAGGAAUCACAAAACUACGCUUUAAAUACCAACAUUGAAUUGCCCCAUGAAGGCGGUUUUAAAGCCAUUGAAUUCUCCAAUGACUAUCAAGUGGAUAAUCUGCUAUGUGCUACUGUAGGCGAAGAUAAUAUUAUAAAAAUGUGGUCUCUAGAUGACUCUGAUAAUAUUUAUAAAAGCGGCAAAACCUGGUAUUGUAUAGCACAAACUUCGUACAAAGAUUUUCCAGUCGAUUCGAUUUCAUUCUCCCAAGAUGGUUCUCUCUUGGCCGCUGGUUAUGGCAACACCUUGUGUGUAUAUAAAUCUGAUAAUCUAAAACUAAAAGCAGCUCUUACCGGCUCCAAUGGUCUGGAUGGCUGUGCAACUAAAGCUCUAGUUAGAUUGCCCACCAAAAAUAUAAACUACGCCAAAUCAGAAUUAUCGGAGAAACGUAAAAAAAUCAUGCAAUUAUUUACCAAUAUGUUGGAUACCAACGAAGAGACCUUAAUCAAAGAGCUGCAAAAGGCUUUAAAUGAUAAGAAAUCUGAGGACAAUAAUACAGCUCAACCCUUAAAACAUCUCGAUGAACAACAAAAGACAAAUUUAUAUAAAAAGGUUUUGCAAAUGCAUGAAUUGAGUUUAUAUCAAAAAGUUCAACUCUAUCAAAAAUUGGGUAUAACUUGUAAAGUUCAUCCACAAAUGGAAACAAAGCUAGCUGAAUAUUUAAAUAUUGUGUGUAAAAAACGACAAGUGGAAUGUGUAUUGCACGCCAAGGCUCAUCGUUUGAAUUUAAGGCAACGUUUUAAGGCAAAAUAUCGUUUGCAUCAUUAUUUCAAACAACAACAUAACUAUGAUGCUAAAGUUGUACAAAAUCUAGUGCCCAUAUUGAGCUUAAUGAAUCUGGGAAGUACUAUUGUACACAAAAAAAAUGAUAUUAUUAAGUCGGAUAAGGUCAACUGUGUGAUUGGUAAUAAGAAAAGCGUGGUACCGCCUAAACCAACAUUGGCUGAAAUAACUCACGUACAAUUUGCUGCCGGAGAAUAUGCUCAUUUGGUGGUUGUAUGUACGCAGCGUCGUGUUCUAAUAUGGAAUCUUUUAACUCUCAGGCUGCAAUCGGUUUUAAAAUUAAGUGUUAAACACUUGACAUUUGAUCCACAAACUAAUUUAAUGGCUGUGGUAACUCACAAUAAUGAAUUGCAUCUUUUCCAACCCAAUGUUCCGCUGCCCAUUUACCAGCGACGCAAUGUACCAAAUGUGUAUGGUAUUGCUUGGAUACCAAGACGUUACCCGAAGCAAAGAUCUAUAAAUUUAGAUUGGCAGGCUCAGUCAACUUUAUAUUUCUUAAAUGAAAAUCAGCAAAUUAUUUACUUAUCUUCGCCCAAUGAACAACAUUCAGAUGUUGCAGCACCCAUUGCAUUUGAUAAUGCAGCCACCGAUUCUAUAAAUUAUACCACAUUUGGUACUUAUGCUACAAAAGCAGUCAGCGACAAACAAACUGCAUCACGUCAAAAUGGUCCCUUAGUUUUGGGCAAUAGUGAUAAGACUGCAGUUAAAGCGCUUAUUGACAUGUCUGUUCAUACUAUGCCGCCAAUGAGUUUGAUUUGUGAAGAUUUCCUCAAAUCAAUGAUAAAAUCAAGUGAUCCCAAAUCAUUCAACGACCAUUCCCAUACCGGGGAAGAUGUUUUAACCACAAGGCUAAAUGGUGAUCAAAAUGGUUUUGGUAAACACUCAGACGAUGAUGAUGAUGAUGACAAUACCAAAAUGACAAAUGGCUCAUCACCCGCCAGUAAUCAAACCAAGCAAAUACGUAAAGAAGUAAUGCAUAAAACGGAACAGCUGAAACGCAAACAGAAACAUUUAGGUAUAAGCGAGAACUUACAAUCAGCACCACCUGCCAAUGAAACUGAGGAAAACCAAUUAAGAAAUAUGGCCAAGCAUGCCAUACUAUUAGAUUUUUAAUUAUUUUUUUCUUCUUUAGUUUUAAUUUAACGCUCCUAUUAAAAUUGAAACUCUUAAGGAUUUGUAUUUAGUUCUUAAACUAUGACUCCAAGUUUUUCUUGAUUUAUUGUGUAAAAAUUAUAUAUUGAUCAGCUGUUACAAUUUGCUUUUUAUAAUAGUUUUUUUCUUAACUUUUUUUCUAUAUUUCUUUAUGUAAAGAAACUGUAAAUGCAUUAAAGUUAUUUUUAUAUAGAAACAAAAAAAA